CGCCACUAAGCAUCGGUCCGCGAAUAAAAACCCACCUCCAGCCCCGGACCAAGUACCGCAAUCGGAGCCCGCCAUGUCUAGGCAACGCGCAAUGUCCGGCACCAUACCCUCCAUGGAGACCAGCAACGAGGCCCUCAAGGACAACACCGUCAUCAUCGUCCUCGGCGCGUCGGGCGAUCUGGCCAAGAAGAAGACCUACCCGGCGUUGUUCGGUCUGUACCAGAGGGGAUUCCUCCCCACAGAUGUGCACAUCGUCGGCUACGCGCGCACGAAGAUGGACGAGGCCGAGUACCACAAGCGUACCACGUCGUACAUCAAGAACCCCAACAACGACGAGGAGAUCACGGCCAAGAUCGAAGAAUUUAAAAAGGCUACCACGUACGUCUCCGGAGACUACGAAAAGGGCGAAGCGUUCGACAACCUGAACAAGUAUAUUGAGGAGGUUGAGAAGCGUUAUCAGGGAGACCAGCGCCACCGUCUCUUCUACCUCGCGCUCCCUCCGAGUGUGUUCAUCCCUGUCGCUGCCAACCUGAAGACCCACUGCUACUCUAAACGCGGUAUCAACCGCAUCAUCGUCGAGAAGCCCUUUGGCAAGGAUACCGACUCUUGCCGUACUCUGCUCUCCUCGCUUAAGCAGCACUGGACCGAGGAUGAGACUUUCCGUAUUGACCACUACCUCGGCAAGGAGAUGGUCAAGAACUUGCUCGUCCUGCGCUUCGCCAACGUCGCUCUCGGGUCCGCUUGGGAUAAGAACUCUAUCAGUAGCGUCCAGAUCACGUUCAAGGAGCCAUUCGGUACUGAAGGCCGCGGCGGCUACUUCGACGAAUUCGGUAUGAUACGUGACGUCCUCCAGAACCAUCUCCUGCAGGUGCUCAGCGUCCUAGCGAUGGAACGUCCGGUUUCCUUCUCUGCCGAGGACAUUCGUGAUGAGAAGGCAAGUGUAGUCAGCGUCAAGGUCCUGCGUGCGAUCCCUCCCAUCGAGCGUGCGGACACCUUAUUGGGCCAAUACGUGGCUGCGAACGGCAAGCCUGGCUACCUUGACGACGACACGGUCCCGCACAACUCGGUCUGUCCCACGUUCGCCGCCACGACACUCUGGAUUCAUAAUCCCCGGUGGGAGGGCGUGCCAUUCAUUCUCAGGGCGGGCAAAGCACUCAACGAGUCCAAGGUCGAGAUCCGUAUUCAGUUCAAGGAUGUGACGCAGGGUAUCUUCAAGGAUAUUGCCCGGAACGAGCUCGUCAUUAGGAUACAGCCCUCCGAGGCCGUGUACCUCAAGAUGAACCUUAAGACGCCCGGCCUGUACACGCGUGCAAUGCCGACUGAGCUGGACCUGACCUACAAGCGCCGGUUCGCGGAGACGUACAUCCCGGAGGCGUAUGAGGCUCUCAUCCUCGACGCGCUCAAGGGCGAUCACUCCAACUUCGUCCGUGACGAUGAACUCGACGUGGCCUGGAAGAUCUUCACGCCCAUCCUGCACUGGAUAGACGGCCAGAGCGGCCCGCGCCCCCACCCCGUUGGUUACCCAUACGGCUCUAGGGGUCCCAAAGAGCUCGAGGCGUUCAUUGCCAAAUAUGGUUACAAGCGCGCUGAUCAGGGCUACGCCUGGCCCGUCACCAACCUCUCCAACCUCUAAGCCGAUAUGCUGCGUCCUGUUCGAGCCCUUGGCCUAGAUUCGCGAGAGUUAGUUGUCUGUACGAAAGAUGAUGGAAAUGACUGAGGUGCCAUGUACGAGUACGCCGCAUAUGUGAAAGCCGGAGCAUUGAUGAAAUGAAAUGAAAUACUUGUUGUAUCGUGC